GUCAAGUUGAUGAGGCAGAAGGACUUGCCUGCUUGUGCUACAGACUCUAGACUCACGACUCACGACUGCAUGGCCAUUUGUCAUUCGUCUUUGUACUCACUGACCUUCACCAUCAUACACACACCCACUUGGCACUCACUCGUCAGGUGGAGCGGGGUGGACCCUGGUUCGGAAGCAACAAUGGCAGCUACGAUUCCCAUCGCAGACUCGGUCAAGCCGAGCGUGGAAGAGUACCGCAUCACCUCGUACGAUGGUUUGACCUUACCAGCCCGUCGAUUUACUCCCAAAGUCGAAGCUUUUUCGUUGCCCAAAGCUGCCGUCAUCCUCCUGCAUGGCUUCAUCGAACAUCACGAUCGCUAUCAGCACGUUGGCAACUUUUUGGCUUCGCAAGGUGUUCAGACUUUGACCUUCUCUCAAAGAGGGUAUGGAAAACAGGAAAUAAAGAAGAACUACUCCAACACCAGUUGGCCUCAACUGUUUCAGGAUAUCGAGAGCAUCGUUGUGCAGGAGAGGAAAGCUUUGGAUGAAAAGCAUGGAGAGGGAAGGGUGCCUCUGUUCUUGUAUGGACACUCCAUGGGAGGCGGUCUGGCGUUUGGCUUCUUUGCGAGACCAGAGACGGAAGAGGGGGCGCCCAAAGCAGAGACGAAGAAGCUCAUCAAGGGCAUCGUCGUCUCGAGUCCUUGGCUGCGUCUGACGCACCCUCCACCGAGCGCCUUCUUCUGGCUCGCCCCGAGACUCUUGAAAGCCUUCCCAAACGUCAUGUGGUACGCGCCCGUCAACCCCGCAGAGCUGUCUCACGACCCAGCAGUCGUUGCGGAGAACAAGAAGGAUCCUCUCAUUUCUGGCGUCGUCUACGUUCGAGCUAUUGCCGGACCUCUGCUCGGAGGUCCCAGGUUGGUGAGCGAGUGGUACAAAAACUAUCCCAAGGACUUGCCGGUGCUUUUUGCACAUGGAGAAGCGGAUCCCGUCACUUCGCCCAAGGCCAGUAGGGAAUUGUACGAGAAGCUGGACGCCUCGGACAAGGACUACAAGAGCUGGCCUGGAUUCUUUCACGAAGGUCACAACGAGAAAGGCGAUGACAAGGUCCACUUUUUGCAAUACAAUGUCGACUGGAUCCUCAGGCAUGCAGGUAGUCCCGAUGAUGGUGCAGAAAAGGCAGGCCCAACACCGGGCGUCGCCGCCGCUCCGGUGGUCAUGAAUUCGUUUGAGGAAGACGCGGACGAGAAGAAAGCAGAUGGCAAAGCGUGUUGGGCCACUCUGAUGACUGGCGAAAAGUACCUGCCAGGUCUGGUCGUGUUCGCAACGAGCCUGCUGCAGACGCACAAGAGCAGAUAUCCGCUCGUCGUGUACGUCACUGGAAAGCUUUCUGAGAGGGCCAGAAGGGUGGUCAGCGCGUUGGGAUGCAAAAUCGUGGAGGUGAAGGAUUUGAGACCGACAUCGACCAGCACUAAUCUUGCGUACGAGCGCUUUGGAGAUGUGUGGACGAAGCUGAGAGCAUUUGAGCUGACGCAGUAUGAGAGAGUGGUCAUGGUGGACAGCGACAUGUUGGUACGGAGGAAUAUGGACGAGCUGAUGGAUCUGCAGUUGGACGAUGGCAAAGAGAUAGCGAGCAGUUUCGCCUGCACUUGCAAUCCCAAAAAGAUGCCAACCUAUCCUGCGGAUUGGGUUCCUGCCAAUUGCGGCUUCACUCCGCAAACACAUCCUUCUUGCCUCACGAGUCCACUGCAGGUCACUGCAGAUUCUCUACCCACUCAUAGAUUGCUCAACAGCGGUCUAGUCGUGCUCAAGCCUUCGCUGGAUACCAUGAAGGACAUUGAGCAUAUGCUCGGUACCGAUCCGCGCGUGCUGGCUUGGUCCUUCCCUGAUCAGGACCUCCUCGCUGCGUUGUUCGAGUCCAAGUGGCAGGUGCUGCCUUGGACGUAUAAUGCCCUCAAGCCGUUGCGCUACGUGCACCCUCGGAUGUGGGUGGAUGCAGAAGUGCGAAACGUGCACUACAUCCUCGACAAGCCCUGGCAAUCCACCUGGCAAGAGGUUCGCUCAACAGACGACGCAACGACGCACGGCUGGUGGUUAUCCGCUUUCCGCGAACUGGACAUGGUCGAUGGAGCUGGAGCUGGAGCCGGAGCUGGAAGAGGCGCAGAAGGCGGCGGCGUCGUCAUCGACCCGCAAGAUUGGCAGGAUCUCGUGCGCGAUAAUAUGAAGAUUGGGGGCGAACACGAAGGUAUGGAUGACUUUUUGCAAAGUCAGAAUGGCAAUGCCACCAACUCGCCUCGAUCGCGCUUCAGCAAUCUCUAGUAAAGCUCAUCUGUAAUCGUGCUCUCAUCCGAUUCAUCACCUGUUCCAGUCAAUCCCAAGCACCGGCCAUGUUAAUGAACAACGAAACCGCCCCUUAUCCUCGUCUGUGCGUCUUGAGCGCCAACAACACUCGACGGAUCCCCGAGCAGCAUCGCAAAUGCCAAUCGCAAUGCUUCGACUGUGUAGCAGCAGAUUCUCAUUGACGGGGCUCUGCGCACUACAGCUACGCAUACGUAUCGACGAGCGCGUCUCUGAGUUCGUCGACCACUCCGCUUCCGCCCGCCUGAUUGAUCUUGAAGGCCGCUUCGAUGACGGACAAUUCCGUCGCCGUGCUAUCCAAUCCCGCAAACGCUGCA